CCAAUGAUAAAAACCCUCAAAUUAGUGGAGUUUAAUGAGGGGUUUUUCUACCGAACAAUAUAUAUUACCAGUCUGAGACAGAACCUGAACAUACGCAUUUCUGAAGAAUACCCAAAAGACAUUAACUGCAUAACAAAAUGUCUCACUUGCUACAUUCGCAUAUCAAAAUUUGCAGAACAGUUUUUUCAUAGGCAGUUUACAAGUGCAGGCGACAACAAUUUCGUGAAAUAUUAUGGCUCAUGGAGCUUAUGGCAAGCGGAGAGUCUCCGGCCGCACUCCCAAUGGAUUGGGAGUGCGCAGUAAAGAGGCGGAUAAGAAGGAGAAGAAGGCCAAAGCAGCUUCCUUAAGAAAUCAGAUUCGUUCAAUACAACGUCUCCUCAGAAAGAAUCUUCCUCAGGAAGUUAAGGAAGCACAGGAGAAGAAGUUGGAUGAGCUGAGGAAGCUUGUAGAGCUGCAAGCUCAGUCAGAACUUGAGCGUAAGAUGGCUUUGCGCUAUAGAAAAGUAAAAUUUUUUGAGAGGAGAAAGAUAGAGAGGAGGAUACGGCGGUUAGAAAAACAGCAACGUGUAGCUUUGGAGCAUAGUGCGGAAGAAGUGGUUGCAAAUGCUGGGCAAAUUUCUCAGCAACUUUCUCGGUUGAAAGAAGAUCUUGAAUAUGUUAGAUUCUUUCCGAAAACAGAAAAGUACAUUUCUAUAUUUAUGGGAGUAAAUGAUCCAGAGCUAGUUGGGAAAAGGAAUAAAUUGCGUGAACAAAUUAAAGCAAACCUUGCUGCUGCUGCAGCCUCAGGUGUCGAUCUUGAAGAAACUGGCAGUGAUGAUGAUGGAGCCAUGGACAUUAGUGAGGAUGAAUUCUUCAUGGCGGGUAGCUCUAGUGAUGAAGUUGAUGCUGAUGAUGAAUGGACAGAUAAAAGCACCAGAGAACCAGCUUCAAGUGCUUCUGGGAAAGCUACUUCUGGCAUGUCAAGUGAUGAGAAAAAUAAGAGGCAGAAAUCUGCUAGGGACCUGAUGCCCCCUCCUCGGCCAUGGACCAACCCAUCUACAAGUACCAGCAGUGGGGUUCCAUCAAGAAGUGGCCGCCCAUCCAGUAGCCAUACAACUGCAGGGAAGGCCAGAUCCCACGUUUCAAGCAGAAGGUUAGGUGGUCCCUCGAGUAAUAGCCAGAAGUGUUUAAAGAACACCUCUAGUCAGGGUGGCAGCUUGAGUUCCAACUCUGAUGCCCAAAAGAAGCCACGAAGAAAACGGCGACCAAAGAAGAAAAAAUAACAUCAUUUACAAUUAUUUUACAAGUAUUAUAAAAGUUAAUACGAUACUGUCAUUUAACUUGACUAGCUUUCCCUGUGGGAACAAUGUAGUUCAUUUGUGGCAUGUUCAGUUUGCCAACGUGUUUUAUUUAGUGGCUAAUGACAUAAAUUUAUGUGCAUAGAGUAUAUUACCUUCUCGCAUUUUAAUAAUGCAAAGAAAAUGAAUUGCUCUCAA